AUGCCGCCGAAUACUAGAAAGCGUAAGACAAUUUGCAACCUUCAAGAUGAACCGAUUGAAAACCCACCAAGGUUGACUCAGAGGCAGAGGAUGAACCAAACACGCAAAUUGCGGUCCCAAGAGUCAAUGAUGCUAAAUAGGCGUGAUACUGAAGCCGAUGGGUUUGAGCAGCGAAGGAAUGAACUCCCUGAAGGCGCAGAAGACCCAGUCGGUCCAAAUGACAUAUUUGCCCAAGUUGUUGGCCCAGAUCCACCUGGACGGCUUCAUAUGAUUGAUAUGGGUGUUUAUUCAUCCAAUGCAUCAACAAGUGUUUCAAAACGGCAAAAGUACAAGCGUGAACUUUUGGAGUAUAAAAGAGAAAUGGUGAAGAACGAUGUUCAUAUCAAGAGUUUAACUGAUCCAACGAAAAUUGUGGCAAAAGGAGUCCUUCGUAGCCUUGAUCCAGAUACUAAAGUAGGAAGAAUUCCACUACGCCCUGACUGGUGUGAAGUUCAUAUAAAUUCAGUGAUUCAUUCUGGUAAACGAUUGGUCCGACCUUAUGACUGGUUCCUAACUUUUGAAGAUGCACUUGGUGUGUCUAUUGCUUGGCCUUGCAACUUGGUGAAAGUUAUUGAAUGA